AUGGAUCAGCAAAAUCAAAAUAACACUCCAGAUGGUUCUGGUGAUGUGCCUUUGAAGCGCAAACAUGGUCGUCCAAGGAAGUACCCACGACCAGAUUCAGAAGACGGUUCCUAUAUUUCACAUAGUUACAGGCAAAAGCUGAAUUCUGUCAGCGGUGAGCCAGCGGUAGUACAUCCUGGAUAUCAAGGGGCUAAUGGAAAUCAACACUUUCAAAGGAAUCAAGAAAAUGAUGCCAUGAUUGGCCAGGCAGUUUCCGGUGUAAUUGAGGCAGUAUUUGAUGCUGGAUAUCUGCUCAGUGUAAGAGUUGGUGAUUCUGAUACUACUUUGAGGGGAUUAGUCUUCAAGCCUGGACGAUACGUUCCUAUCUCUUCUGAAAAUGAUGUUGCUCCAGGUGUUCCAAUGAUCCGAAGAGAUGAGGUUCCCAUUCCUUCUGGAACUGCUCAGUUUCAGAAUCCUCUCCCAAAGGAAAGGAAUGAACAGCAUGCAAACAUUAAUAGAAAUGAAAUUCAUGCAAUGAAUGGGUCACCGUCACUCCCUCUUGUACCUAGACCGGCAACUGGUUCUAGUAAUUCGGUUGUCACUUUAGGAAAGAAUGUACCUACUGUGGCAGGUCAAACUACUACUCAAAUAUCCGGACGUAAUAUAAUCCCUGCUUUGCUCCAACCUGCCGAUUUUUCAAAUGGGUUGCCAGUUUCAACUCCACCGUCUCAAGUUAUGGCCCAAGUUUCUGUAGGAAGUGGAGCAAGUGUUACCAAAGAAAUUUCAGCACCUGAUGGAAAUCAAGCACUUACCUCUCAAACUAGCCAGAACAUCUUGUUGAGCAGCAUGCAGUGCGAAGCUGUUCCACACCAUCAGUCUUCUAAUCUGCCAAAUGAAGAACUGAAAUCAAUGAGUGUUCCUAACGCACCCUUUGAGCAGUUGGUCACUGAGGUUGUCAAGAGGAUCGAAGCUCCAUCAGAUGCCAUGGAUAUUGACACUGACAACAGUAAGUCAGAUGACAAGACGCAACUGAAGGAACCAAGCUGUAGACAAGAAGAAAAAGACAAUGACAUGAAUCAACCCGUUUUAAUUAAGCCUCUAGAAGAUGUACAAUCUCAUCCUCAGAAAAAUUCUGCAUCUGCUCCCCAACCUUCUGACUUUACCAAGACUGGCAAAAUGACCGAGUUAUUGCAGAUGUUGCAGGAGAACAAACCGGAGAAUCAGGCAUCCAAGCUGCAGAGCUAUACCAAUUGGAUGAUGUAAGUAAUUUGGGAACCGGACUAGGAGAUGGAACAACUGUUCAAUCAACAAAACCUUUAAUUUAAUCAGUUAUUUGUAGCUAAUGUGCCAGCCGGGUUAUCUAUCAUAAAUUAGGCAAAAUUUUCUGGCAUAUUUGAAAUAUAUAGGUCUAGGUAUCUCAAGGGUCUUGAAU